AUGGGGAUGCGAUGUCAAGUGUGGGGCUUGACUGCGCUAUUGCUCCUGAAGUACACCGCCAGGGCAUCAGUGCCGCCAGCAACAUCUCGGUCGCCCGACUUGUCAGUGCCAGACCGAGUGGCUGGCGCGCUGUGGGGCCUUUUUGUCGGCGAUGCUUUGGCCAUGCCAGUGCACUGGUACUAUGGUGGCCCAGAUCAAAUCCGCCAUGACUUCGGUGGACAGCUCCUAUCUAGGUUCGAAAAAUCUGUCCAUCCAUUUCCUGAUUCGAUCAUGCAACUGAGCAACACUGGUGGCGGUGGUCGGGGCAGUGACCAGGGAGAUGUGGUGGGAGGGGUCAUCCUCCAUGACAAGAAACAGUAUUGGAGAAGAGGUGGCCAGUUUCACUACCAUCAUACCCUAAGUGCAGGAGAAAAUACGUUAGAAGCGAUGCUGGUCCGAGAGAUGAUGCAUAGCCUUACAAGCACUGGGGGGCGCUUCAGUGCAGAAGACUUUCGCCAGCGCUACGUGAAAUUCAUGACAACUCCAGGGAGCCACAAUGACACAUAUGCCUCCACCUGUCACCGAAUGUUCUUUGAAAAGUGGAGAUCUGGGGUGCCACCAGCAGAGUGUCCGGACAACGAUGGUCACAACGUUGACACCAUCGAUGGCUUGGUCCUUCCGAGUGUGGUGGCCCUCGCAACCUUGGCGCGUGGUGAGAGCGUGGAAGAAGCCACGAGACAGGCGACAGAGGCACUAGCGGUGACGCGUGCGUCCAGUGUGCUGCCUCAAUACCUGCACAUUAUGGCGACCUUCCUUUCAAAGAUUCUGCACAAGACCCCGAUCAAUGAUGCUGCGGCACAAGUUGCCCAAGAGGCAUAUGGCAGUGACCUCAAGAAUGCGGUCCGCGCACGAGAUGAUCCGGUCGUGGCAUGUUACAUUGGCGGUUCGUUCCCUGCACUGCUUCAUUUCGCGUACAAAUAUGGAACCAGCAACGCAAACGAAGCUCUCCUGGCCUCGGCCAAUGCGGGUGGUGAGAAUGUUCAUCGCAAUGAGGUGUUUGGCUUGCUACUCGGAGCGAACCAGGGAAGAAAAGGCUUGCAUGGUUUUGAGGAGGGGCUGCAGAAGUUCUCUGAGCUGGACACUGAAAUUGCUGCGCUCACAGCAGUCUUGAAAGGCCCGGGGGCUCCCCGCGAGCUGUGA